AUGUCUCGAGGACCGGCCUACGACGCCAAGAACAACGGCAACGCCUCCGAUGAGGAAGAGGAGGAGCGCGGCCGCGCCCGCCUCCGCGCCGACGAGGCCCUGGCCUUUGCCCUCGCUCUCGCCGAGCAGCAGCAACAUCAACAAGAGCAAGACCAGCAUCAGCAUCGUCACCAGCCCCCCGUGACCCCGACCGUCCAACCCACCGCCCCCUUUGGCCAUCUCCCCCUGGGCUCUGACCGCGGCCGAGCCCUCGCCGCCUCCGCCAACAACCGCUCCCGCUCCCGCAGCGCCGCGCCUUCCCUCCCGAUCCCUAUCCCGGGCGCCGCAGGAAGCCGCCGCGCCGCCUUCCGCGAAGCCGAGGCUGCCAGACGAGCCGCCGCCGAGGACGAUAGCGGCACCGACAGCGGGGACGGAUCCCCGACCGGCCGGCUCCCAUAG